AUGCUACAAUCCACUCGCUAUGUUUGCCCUGCCGCUUUUGCGAUCAGACCUGUCCGUUGGUCCCAACCUGCACGAUUCAUUUCCUUGACCGGCGCAAUCGAAAAGGGCAUUCGGAGAGGUCAGCAAAGCAGGAACAGGCUAGAAAACCAUUAUGCACAGCCUACUACGCGCCCUCAGCAAGAUCAGGAUGGUCCGUCAGAUAUUUUGAACACAGGCGAGGAUGUUGGAGAGAAAAAGGUGGUGAUCAUACCAGGCGAAGAAAGGCGAAGAGGCCAGAAGAGACUCAGGGGACCCAGGACUGUACAACCAGGGCAAGAUGUAAACAGCAUAAAACCCGCACGCUCUGACCACGGAGUUCCAGCUUCAAUCCCCUAUACGACAGCAGGAUCAGAGUUUCUUUACGGCACAUUUUCCGUCCUGUCUGCUCUCAAAGCUCAGCGACGGAAGCUCCACAAGCUCUAUCGACUUCUUCCUCCAGGCUACGACAAACAGUCGAAGAGAGCCAAAGCCCUCCAGCCCAAAGAAUCUCCACAGCAGAUCCAGAUACACAAGCAAAUCCACGGCCUCGCUGAAAAGGCUGGGGUAGCUGUCACGGCAGUGUCAGGACCUCGUUGGCAAGGCGUGUUUGCCAAAGCAUCGGAUGGACGACCACAUAAUGGCUGGAUUCUAGAGGCCUCUCCAAUUCCGAAACUUCCUGUAACAAGCUUGUUAUCCGUGACCAAACCGUCAGAUCCUAUCGGUGUGACGGUCGGAUGGGCGUCCGAAGAGGAUCGAGAAAUCAACACCGUGUUUGGUGCGUCUGAAAACAUCGCAACAAUCCAGUCUGUCCGACCCUCCCAUCGGUAUCCUUUCAUGCUCUUGCUUGACUGUAUCACUGACACCGGCAAUUUCGGUGCCAUUGUGCGGUCGGCUUGGUUCCUCGGUGUUGAUGCUAUUCUCAUCCUCGAGCACGGCACUGCCCCUAUAUCCACCAACAGUGUCAAGGCGUCCGCCGGGGCCUUUGAGUACAUGCCCAUUCUCCAUGUGAAGAACGAGAGAGAAUUUAUCAGGGAUUCGCGGAAAAAUGGAUGGAAGUUCUUCGCUGCUGAUGCACCGGAAACCGACGACGGGAUGAUGCGGCGGAUCAUGCAGCAGAAGGGCAAGAAAGCAUUGGAUGUUGCGGGUGCGCUCUCGAGUCAUCCCUGCGUCUUGAUUCUCGGUAAUGAAGAGGUCGGCAUUCGAGACUUCAUGCGAACAAUGAUGGAUGGCGUGGCGGGAAUCCCCAAUGCUAGACCUGCUGUUGGGGAUAUCGACAGCCUCAAUGUCAGUGUAGCUGCAGCUCUGCUUACUCAAAAGUUUUUCGACGGAGCUCAUACCAAACCUGUCCUUGACGAGCCUUGA